UUCAGUAUGUGUGCUGAGCUAUCUCUCUCUCUGAAGCUGGUUUCAUUGUGUGUGCUGGGCUGAGCUGUCUCUCUAUCUCUCUCUGGGGCUGGUUUCAGUCUGUGUGCUGGGCUGAGCUGUCUCUCUCUCUGAGGUUGGUUUCAGUCUGUGUGCGGGGCUGAUCUGGGCUGAGCUGUCUCUCUCUCUCUCUGGGGCUGGUUUCUGUCUGUGUGCUGGGCUGAGCUGUCUCUCUCUCUCUUUCUCUCUCUGAGGCUGGUUUCAGUCUGUGUGCUGAUCUGUCUUUCUCUCUGGGGCUGAUCUGGGCUGAGCUGUCUCUCCGCUCCGCUCUGCACCAAUCACAUUCUCCUGACCUAUUAUGGUUAUGAGCGUGACAGCCCGUGUACCCAUGAUGCGCUGCGGGCUGAGGCUGGUCUGCUGGAGCUAAGAUGACCGACUUUGAGGAGCCGCUCUCCGACGAGGAGAAGGUCCGCAUAGCAGCUAACUUUGUCACCCAUGCUCCGCCUGGAGAGUUCAAUGAAGUCUUCAACGAUGUGCGGCUUCUCCUCAACAAUGAUAACCUCCUCAGGGAGGGGGCAGCACAUGCCUUUGCCCAGUACAACAUGGAUCAGUUCACCCCUGUUAAACUGGAAAAUUCGGAGGAGUCGGUUCUGAUUACGGAGCAUGGUGACCUGGGUCAGGGACGGUACUUUGACCCACGGACCCGCAGGUCGUUCCGUUUCGAUCACCUGCGUAAGGAAGCCAGUGACCCGCAGCCCUACCAAGGAGAGACCGCUUUGCACUCUUGGAGAGAUGCCUGUGACACUGCACUUAGUGCCUACGUCAAAGAGCACUACCCUACUGGAGUGUGCACGGUAUACGGGAAAACAGUGGACGGUCAGAAGACCAUUAUUGCCUGUAUUGAGGGUCACCAGUUUCAGCCUAAAAACUUCUGGAAUGGUCGUUGCAGGUCAGAAUGGAAGUUCACCAUCAGCCAGUCCUCCUCUCAGGUGGUGGGAGUGUUGAAAAUACAGGUGCAUUACUAUGAGGAUGGUAACGUUCAGCUGGUCAGUCAUAAAGAAGUGGAGGAGUCCAUCAUAGUAUCUGAUGAAGAGUCAACUGCCAAGGAAUUUGUAAAAAUUAUUGAAAAUGCAGAAAACGAUUACCAGACGGCCAUCAGCGAGAACUACCAGACGAUGUCGGACACGACAUUCAAAGCUCUGCGCCGGCAGCUUCCUGUUACCCGCACCAAGAUCGACUGGAACAAGAUCCUCAGCUACAAGAUCGGCAAAGAGAUGCAGAACGCCUAGAACCCGCAUGGUUCCGCCUCUCUCUCUUUCUCUCUCUCAACGCAGAACCGGUCAAAACCAAAACUACAUGCUGUUCGCUAACCAGAGGGAGAAUGCCCCCAUUGAAAAAAAUGAAAAAAAGAAACAAACAAAAAAUGACGAAACAAAUAAUGUCAAUGAACUUCAACUGUUCAUUCGUAUCGGUGUUACAAAGAGGAUGCGAUUCCAUUCGGUUUCUGGUUCGUUAAAGGACUCGGUCCGGUCUCAGCUAUUGGAGGAGGGUCAGACGAGAGCUUAGAGGGAGUUUGGAUCUAAAUUUUAUCGGUCAGUCCGAUGUUUAGUCUUGCGUUAACGUAAAUUCAUCUGUCCCGUCUGUCCUUAAAUUCUCGGAAAAUCUCGGAAAGGGUGUAAAUCGUAGUUAUUUUUGUCGUUCUUUUUCUUUGUUAAUGUUAUCGUCGUCGUCGUCAUCGUUCUUGUUAUGAGAUGCUUGUGAGUACGAUUUAAUAAUUGUCUUAUUAUGUAAGAUAACGGCACGGAGAACUGCUGUCUAACUUGGUAACUACUGACUCCAGCCCAAAACUCGUGAACAAACCUCUUUUCUGCGUCUUUCGUUUCUUCUUAAAGCUUCUAAACUCAUCCCUGUAGGAGUGUGUGUGAGGAGAAGAGGCUUGUUCAGUGACUUUUGGAAUCAUUUGGAAAGACUCUGUCUUAACUCCCCUCUCUCAGUAUCUCCCUCCACCUGUAACUCAAACCUUCCCCCCACCCCCCCUAUAAAAACGGCUUCAAAUGACCUUCAAAAUCGACCUGGAAUUAGUGUGCAAAAUAUAGAACCAGCCAACCAACCAACCAAUUAAAAAAAAGAAACCUCGUCCUCUUUCCCAUGGCAAAGAAAUCCAAAUUUAAGUCUUCAUAUUUAUACAUACAGAUGUUAUAUUUUACUAAGCAGUCCUUAAGAAAAAGCUACAUCCGAGCACUCCUUUGUUACAGGCCUCACGUGCGCUUUCUGGGGUGUGCCGCCGAAUCGAACGAGUCUUACGAUGCAAACAGGGAAUCUCAGCUGUUCUAUGCACUCUUCUGUCCCGGAGCAGAAAGGGGAGCCGCCAGUGUUGCUGUCGCAUGUUCAUGUCAUGGUACUGUUGGGUGCUUCCCCACUGUAAAUUCACCCUGAACACAGAAGCAUUGUCAAGACUGUGUUUAUAUCACUCUUUUUCUCUCUCUGUCUCUCUCUCUUUGUCUCUCUCUCUUCGUCUCUCUCUCUCUCUGUCCUGUAACACGGCUCUUAAUGCUGAUUUUAGCAAAAGUAUGUGCUACUCACAGCUAAUAAAGAAUUGGCACCAGACUGAUGACUGAAACUCA